AUAAAUUUACACCUGUAACAGGGUGUAUUUUCUCCUGACCAGGGGCUCAUCUCAGUCUUAUCUCACUACAAAUUUUUGACUUACGCUUAUAGCCGAGUCCCCAACGCAUCAUCCUAUCAGAAACGCCCAAGUGAAUUUGAUUUUGUUAACGUAAGACUAGUUAGAAGUCUCCUUAUUUAACCAGGAAAAAAAAAUCCCAUGAACAGUUAGAAAAUCCUUAUUAUUCCAGAUAAUCCAUUCUGUCAUCAAACCCCCAAAUUCCGUGAACAAAAAAAAAUCAAAGAUUUAUCGAUGAAGAGCGGAUCGAACAAGAAGAAGCUGAAUAAACGAUCGAACCUGAAGCCUCAGAGUCCAACAAGUCCAAUGGACUCCUCGUGCCCUAAAAUUCCUCCCUCUUCUUCUCCUUCAAGAUACGGCAGUGCCUGUCUCAUCGUUUCAGGUGUUCUAACUCUCUCCUCUAUAAUUCUUCUCGGCCUUACCUCGGAAAUUUGGGACACCUACAAGUCCCCACAAGACGACCCAUUUCCCAGAAUUUACACCAUCGAGGUACUCAACGAGUUUCCUCACGACCCCGAUGCCUUCACUCAGGGGCUUCUUUAUGCAGGAAAUGACACCUUAUAUGAAUCAACUGGUCUUUUGAAGAAGUCAUCGGUUCGGAAAGUUGCACUUCAGACUGGGAAGGUUGAGGUUCUCCAGAAGAUGGAUGAUUCUUACUUUGGGGAGGGUUUAACUCUUCUUGAUGAAAGGCUGUUCCAAGUAACGUGGUUGAAGGAUACUGGUUUCAUAUAUGACCGAAAUAAUUUAAGCAAAUUUGAGAAAUUUACCCAUCAGAUGAAAGAUGGUUGGGGUCUGGCAACUGAUGAAAAUGUCUUGUUUGGAAGUGAUGGGACUUCAACAUUGUAUCUGAUUAACCAUCAAAAUUUCAAAGUCAUAGGAAAACAUAUUGUCACAUAUAAUGGUCGUGAAGUAAACAACCUUAAUGAACUGGAGUAUAUAAAUGGAGAAGUUUGGGCAAAUGUUUGGCAGACUGACUGCAUUGCUAGAAUCUCACCUAAGGAUGGUACUUUGCUUGGAUGGGUUCUUCUUCAAAAUUUAAGGGAAAAUUUGGUACGAGCUGGGAAUAAUGGUAUUGAUGUUUUAAAUGGCAUAGCCUGGGACUGUGCUAAAAAGCGCAUCUUUGUGACAGGAAAACUUUGGCCAAAGCUUUAUGAGAUCAAGCUGCAUCAAGUAAACGAAACAGUUAAAAGUGGAAUUAUUGAGCAGCUUUGCUUGCGGGAGCUAGCCUUUUUUACAAAGUCAUAGACAAAAAAAUAAAAAUAAUCAUGAAGUUCUCGACAUUUGGAAGCAUUCCUCAAAUUUUGGACCGUCAAUGCACAGGAAAAACCUUUUGCUCGGAGAAUAAAGUUACAAGCAUGAAAGAGCAGUCAUUUAGAGGAGGGAUAUUGUUAGGAUCAAAUUAUAGUGGGAAAGAUGGAGGCAUAAAGGUAAAUUUGAAAGAAUUCUUUGGACGAUAGCACACAUGUUACUGAGAAAGAAUUCCAAUAAUAAUAAAAAAAAGUCUUUAUUGGUUGUUGAAAAAAGAUGAUUCCCUCCUUAACUAUCAUUUAUCCAGUAAGGCAGUAACCAUGUUUGCAUACUUGGCAAACAAAACUCGGUGAGGGAUGGUGGACACAGUUGCAUCUUGUACAUUGUUAGAAGCAGAAAAUAAAAUCUAAACCAUAAAAUGGAUGAAAUAAACAGGAUUUGAAAUA